AUGGCAUCCCCUGAAUUCCACGCCCGGCUCCGCGCCGCCCUCCCGGACGACGACCAGGCCGCGACCCUCCCGCCCGCGACGGCGCUCUCGGCCGCCUCCAAGUCUCUCCCCCGGCCCGGCGACGCGGGAUACCUCGCGCCCCUGGGCACCGAGGCGACGCUCGCGCAUAUCCUGAACGAGAUCGUGCCCGGGCUGAACGGCCAGGCGCGGAGCGGGCGGUACUACGGCUUCGUGACGGGCGGGACGCUGCCUGUGGCCGAGGCCGCGGACAACAUCGUCACGGCGUUCGACCAGAACGUGCAGGUGCAUCUGCCGGGCCAGACGGUGGCGACGGAGCUGGAGAGCGUGGCGCUGCGGAUGCUGGCGGACGUGCUUGCGCUGGAGCAGCCUGGAGAGGAAGAGGUGUGGAAGGGGCGAACGUUCACGACGGGGGCGACGGCGAGUAACGUCCUUGGUCUCGCGUGCGGGCGGGAGGCGGUUGUCGCGCGGCGCGGGGGGAAUGUGGGCGAGAUGGGGAUUCUGGGGGCGUGUGCGGCGGCGGGGGUCAGGGAGAUUCAGGUGUUGACCAGCAUGGGGCACAGCUCGCUGUUCAAGGCGGCCAGCGUUGUCGGGCUGGGCAGAGGGGGUGUGAAGGAAGUCAGGGUGAGUGACGACCAGCCAUGGAGGUUGGAUUUGGAGGUUGUCGAGAGGGAGUUAGGCCGGGAGGGCGUGGCGAGUAUCAUUGCUGUCAGCGCGGGAGAGGUGAACACUGGGCGGUUCGCGACUGGAUUCGAGGAGAUGAAGAAGUUGAGAGAGCUGGCGGACCGGUUUGGAGCUUGGAUCCAUGUGGAUGGAGCUUUUGGCAUCUUUGCGCGGGCGUUGGACGACAGCCCCGAGUUUGCCAAGAUCAAGGACAUGGCGGCCGGGUUGGAACUCGCAGACAGCAUUACGGUGGACGGGCAUAAGCUUCUGAACGUGCCUUACGAUUGCGGCAUGUUCUUCACGCGGUCCCUCGAAACUCUGACGUCCGUCUUCACCAAUCCCAACGCGGCGUAUCUCUCCUCGGGCCCCUCCAGCAUACCGUCCCCGCUCAACAUCGGCCUCGAGAACUCGCGCCGCUUCCGCGCGCUGCCCGCCUACGCCGUGCUCCGCUCCGAAGGACGCCAAGGUCUCGCCGCGAUUCUGGGAAGGAUGGUCCUGCUGGCGAGGAAGAUUGCGUCGUGGAUCCGCGAGUCGGAGGCGUACGAGUUGCUGCCGGAGGGGGCUUGGAGCGUGGAGGACACAACGCAUAUGGUGGUCCUGUUCCGCGCGAAGGAUGAGAGUGUCAAUGAGGAACUUGUCGGACGGAUUAACGGCACGAGGGAGAUGUACGUUAGCGGGACCAGCUGGAAGGGGAAGAAGGCGGUCCGGGUUGCGGUGGGCAGCUGGAGGGUCGAUGUCGAAAGGGACUUUGAGGUUGUGAAGAGGGUGUUGGAGCAGGUGAAGGGGUGA